GAUCGAGGGGUAAAUGUCAAAUGUCAAAAUGAAACAAAAGUGAUUGGCUGGCAAGCUGCAUAAAGCAACAAUGCACCGUAACGCCUCCUCCUUCUCUUUGGAUCGAUGAUGUUAUGGAUUUCGUCUUUCUCACAAAGAAACACGCAAGCAUUGACUGCCGUUCUAAUUCCUUCUUUGGUACGUGUACGCGCGGAAGCAACGGAAUACUUGACAAUCAAAAGCUCGACAAUUUCGAGAGGAAUAUACAUCAACUAACCUCACUAUAUCUAUCUGUUCCUCAUUUUUGGUCUCCGUUGGUGUCUUUGAUACACUUGCAUUGCAUUACUUCAAGUUUCUUUGCCAACUUGACUCUGGUUGAUUGGCUUUCGCAUCUUCUUCCCAGCAAACCAAUCAAACCAAAGCCGAGCUGUCUUGUUUCAAAUCAUUCACACAGCGUGAGAAGGCGUCAUUGGAUUACUAGUACCUUGGCCCUGAUCACAGCAUUCCAUUAUUUAUAUCUACUGCUUAUAUUCCCACCCCAUUUCUCUUUCUUCCAUUCAUCAAUCAUAUCAAUAUGAAGCUCUCAACUACUCUUUUGCCCUUCGCGGUAGCUUCUACUGCCUUCGUCAUUCCUGAUGAACAGAUAACUAGUCAGAUUGUCGUCGAAUCUCAGAAGUCUUCAAAGACAUGGCUUGAUAGAAUUCCAGAAAUCAAAGAUAACUUUAUCUCUCAUGCCGAAAAUUCCGUGAAAGAUGCAAUUGCAUUCAGCGAGAAUGCCUUUGACAACGCUAUCGAUAUCCUUUCUGAGGCUGGUCAAAAGGCCCAGAAUGUCAUCGAGUGCCACCACUCAAUGUCAAAGUUUGAUAUAUCCGGCUGGUUAGAAUCUGCCAUUUCUACCGUCGAGGAUAUCGAUAUUUUCGAUCACCCUCACGAGAAGCCUCCACAUCAUGGAAAACCUCCUCACCACCCAAAGAACCCACAUCACGGUCAUGGAAAACCUAAUAAGACUGUAUACGAAUUGAUUGCUAGCAGCAAGUACACUACCAAACUUGCUAAACUUAUCAAUGAAUAUCCAGAUCUUGUUGAUGCUUUGAAUGGCACAGCAACAAACUACACCGUAUUCGCACCAACUGAUAAGGCAUUUGAGAAGAUUCCAGAGCAUCACAAGAAACCUUCAAAGGAAUUGAUUAAGGCUGUCCUUGAAUAUCACGUUUCUCCGGAUUUCUACCCUGCUGGUCGUGUCCUAGUUUCGCAUACUAUUCCAACCGCAUUGAAGGAAGGCCGUCUUGGAGAUGAACCUCAGCGUCUCCGUGUUGGUUUGGGUUUGAAGGGAUUAGCCGUUAACUUCUACAGCAGAGUCGUUGUUGUCAAUAUUUUCGGUACAAACGGAGUAAUUCACGGCGUCGAUUCACUUCUCUUGCCACCUCCCCCAGCCCUUAAAAUCAUCGAGCUUCUUCCCGGCGAAUUUUCAACUCUCCAACUUGGUCUUGAAAAAACCGGUCUUUUCGAUGCCAUUGCUGCAUCUCAUCAUACAGGAGGAACAUUGUUCGCACCCAGCAACUGGGCAUUCCAAAAGCUUGGUCCUAGAAUCAAUGCUUUCCUCUUCAGCAACUACGGCCAAAAAUACCUGAAAGCUCUUCUCAAAUAUCACGUUGUUGCAAAUCAAACUCUCUAUUCCGAUGCUUUCUACAAAGCCAAGUCUGAUGAUCAGAGCAUCAAUGAAGUUGAUGGAAUCGAUACUGCGAAUAUCCCCAAGGGACAUUUCCACGUUGAUUUACCUACCUUGUUGAAAGAUAAGAGUCUUAGCAUUGAUGUUGGCAGAUUUGGCGGUUUCAUUACCAUUAGAAUCAAUGGAUUUAGCAGUGUGAGUGUUCAAGAUGGUAUUGCAAAGGAUGGUGUUAUUCAUGUUUUGAGCUCUGUUUUGAUUCCACCUAAGACUCCGGGUGGAGAGAUGUGGGCUGGUGAGGAAUUAGAGGUGGAGGAUUUGAUGGAGAGAUUGAUUCCUUAUAUGAAUGAGGAAUUGUAAGUAGGCGUAGAGAUAAAAUGUAACAAGGGGUCAGAAUAUGGAACACAAGACAUGUAUAAUACUUUUCGGUAUCGAAAACAAAUAAGAAAUGACAGAUUUCUCAAUCAAUAUAUUUCCUUUAGUCGUGCA